AGAGAAAAAUAGAGGGGGGGAGAGGAGAAGCAGAGUGUGAGUGAGAGCAGAGUGAAGGGUUGGUUAGAAAUUUAGAAUAGGCAGGAGGCAGAGAGUUUAUUAGCUAGUAGGGAGCAAGAAAGAAACACUCCAUGCUUGUGAGGCUCAUGAGAUGAGAUGAACAGGGGGUGGUGGUGGUGCCUGGUGUGAGGCUGUGAGGUAUGAUGGUGGGAGGAGAGCUUGUGCUGGCUGCUGUGGUGAUCCUGCUUGCCUUGCUCCUGACCCUGGUGCUGAGCCACUUCCUGCCUUUGCUCCUGAAUCCCAAGGCUCCCAAGGGCAGCUUUGGGUGGCCUCUCCUCGGUGAGACGCUGAGGUUUCUCAAACCUCAUGCUAGCAACACCCUGGGCAGCUUCCUGGAGGAUCACUGCUCCAGGUAUGGGAAGGUGUUCAAGUCCCAUCUGUUCUGCACCCCCACCAUAGUGUCCUGUGACCAGGAGCUGAACCACUUCAUCCUUCAGAAUGAGGAGAGGCUGUUUCAGUGCAGCUACCCCAGGCCAAUUCAUGGCAUUCUGGGCAAGUCCUCCAUGUUAGUGGUCCUAGGGGAGGACCACAAAAGGCUCAGGAACCUUGCUCUAGCACUGGUCACCUCCACAAAGCUCAAGCCCAGCUACCUUGGUGACAUUGAGAAGAUUGCACUGCAUAUAGUUGGGUCAUGGCAUGGCAAGAGCAAGGACAAGGGGAGGGUCAAUGUCAUCGCCUUCUGCGAGGAGGCAAGAAAGUUCGCAUUCAGUGUAAUAGUGAAGCAGGUCCUGGGGCUGUCACCAGAGGAGCCGGUCACUGCCAAGAUACUUGAGGAUUUUCUCGCCUUCAUGAAGGGUCUCAUCUCUUUCCCUCUCUACAUCCCAGGGACACCCUAUGCCAAAGCUGUGCAGGCCAGAGAGAGGAUAUCAAGAACUGUGAAGGGUAUUAUUCAGGAGAGGAGGAAUGCUGGAUCAAGCAACAAGGGCGAUUUCCUUGAUGUUCUGCUUUCAAGCAAUGAGCUCUCUGAUGAGGAGAAAGUGAGCUUUGUGCUGGAUUCCUUACUAGGAGGAUAUGAGACCACCUCACUCUUGAUCUCCAUGGUUGUCUAUUUCCUUGGGCAGUCAGUUCAAGAUCUGGAACUAGUGAAGAGGGAGCAUGAAGGCAUAAAAUCGAAGAAAGAGAAGGGGGAGUUCUUGAGCUCUGAGGACUAUAAGAAGAUGGAAUAUACCCAACAUGUUAUCAAUGAGGCACUGAGAUGUGGCAACAUUGUCAAGUUUGUCCAUAGGAAGGCUCUCAAAGAUGUCAGAUACAAAGAGUAUCUGAUUCCUUCUGGUUGGAAGGUCCUACCUGUUUUCAGUGCUGUUCAUUUGAACCCCUUACUUCAUGGAAAUGCCCAACAAUUUCAGCCCUGCAGGUGGGAGGGUGCAAGCCAAGGGACAAGCAAGAAGUUUACGCCGUUCGGCGGUGGCCCCCGGCUUUGCCCUGGAUCAGAGCUUGCCAAAGUAGAGGCUGCUUUCUUCCUCCAUCACCUUGUGCUCAAUUAUAGAUGGAGAAUUGAUGGCGAUGACAUUCCGAUGGCAUACCCGUACGUGGAGUUCCAGAGAGGUCUGCCCAUAGAAAUCGAGCCACUUUGCUCUGAAUCAUGACUGGUUUGCGGUUUCAGCCACGGAGAGCAAGUGCAUCGAUCAAUCAGUCCCGCAAGCGAGGGGAAGAUGCACGCAAGAAAACGGAGAGGAUUAGUCAGUGA